UCAAUCCAAGUCUGAUCAGUGCCCCUGGGAUGGAGUCUUGUAAGAUCUGUGCACAGGAAAGUCUCCUGUAGACACUGGAGGAGACCGAGGGGCUUUUCAGUGUAAGCAAAGGAAGGUGCAGGCUGGGGGACAUGCCUGGGCUGGGGACAACAUGCAGGUGAGGAGGGGAGGAGUGAGGAUCAAGGAGGUCAGGUUGGGACACAAUAUCACUGGGUAUGAGGUGCUGUGUGGCUGAGGCACACGAGGGACUGUGGGGAUUUUGAAAGCAUGAAAUGAAAAUGAAAGCAUUUUGGAGGAGAGGGGUAGUUUGAGGGCACAUUGCAAAGACAGGCAGGGGUAGGGCUUGGUCACUUGCUCUCCUCCUCCCUGGUGAAGAUCCGCCCCAGGCCAAGCACAGCAAUUGUGAGCCCCAAGGGAGACAACGCAAAUUGACAGACUGUAUCUCCCUCUGCCACGGGGCCUGGGGCGCUGUGAUUUCACACUCCAGUGGCCACAUCACUGCUAUGCCAUGCAAGAGCUGGGCUCUCACUCCCACUCUGCCAUGUCCUCAUCAGGAAAAGCUGCCAUUGCCCCCUCCUGCCUCUCCUUCGAGUGCUUCGACACCCUGACCAAGUCAUGCAUCAAGUGCUCCGACCUGUUCAAGGACAACACAACAGAGCCUACCCUGGCACCCACCCUGACCAGCACCUUCCUGAUCUUCGGGGUCCCAGUAGUGGUGGGGUUUAUCCUGGUUCUGGCUACUCUCUGUGGCUUCCUGGCCUGCAAGGUGGGAAAGUGGAGAAGAAAGAGGAAGGCAGCGGAUGAAGAGGACAAAGAAAACAUAGACAUCGCCAGCCCCUUGCCCAGCCAGGACUCUGCAAAGCCAGAGGGAGAUGGUGCCCUGAACCCAGCCCCAUGCCUGCAUCUUGACGGGAGCCAGAAGAUGCCAGGGCCACCUAGGAAAGCCAGGGCAAAGCAGAGGCCAUUCUGCCAGGGUGAUGCUGAUGGUGACAUUGUUCUGCUCUCUGCUGUGUACCCCCGGCCUGAGGAAUGCAAGCACAGCUUACCGCUGCCUGCCACUGAACUGGGGGCCACAGCGCUGGUCACCACCAAAACCACCCAGAACUGCACCAGAGAGGAUAGAGUCUGAGGGCAAGUGGAAUGGGCCUGGAGUGCUCUGGCCAAUCCCUGUGGACACUGACAGCCUGUUCCCAGGACAAGCGAAGUCUUCCAUGGAUAUGAGCACUGUGAAAACCAGGUUUUGGUUUUAGCAAGAUCAGCCUUUUAAGAUGACUGUCCUUUUUGUGCUGAGUCUCAAGUUACACCUGCUGGAGGAAGCCGAAGUGGAUCAUGCUGCAUUACAAUGAACUGUUGACAGCUGCCAUGGCUAAACCAUUGGGAGGAGGCAGAGAAGACACAACCGGUGAGGAUCGAGUGUGGCAGGGACUGCUGUGCCAUUUGCAAGGCAGCCGUUGUGCAUGGACAGGUCUCCUGAUGGAUGGGCAAUUUCUGGGAGCAUGGGGCUGGAACACCAGAAACUGAAACAUGAAGCAGGGAGUUACUUUAGGACCAAAUCCCACACAGCAGUAGCUCGAUUUUUGCUACUGACCUCAAUAAAAGGAGACUCAAGGCCAUAUGGAGCAAGGCACACCUAGCAUCUACUCCAUUUACAGUCCUGCCACCCUGUCUUCUGCACUCUGUGAUACCCAAGUCUUUCCACUCUCAAGGCUGUCUCACGCAGUGGCAGGUAUCCACCGGCACUCAUGGGAACCCCCUCCACAGCCGGGUACCCUGGCGAUAGGAAAAGGUUUGUCUUCCCAAGCAGUGAAGAGGAGAAAAAAAUCUGUCCUUGCUUUGACCUACAGUCCCUGAAGUUAAGGAGCACCAGACCAGGCAGUGGAGACUACUAGUCUAGAGGAGCUCCCUGAACUUGUCAUUACAGCCCCAGACAAGCAUCACUUCAGUUUGCUGCAGAAAUAGUGUGUGUCACUUGGGAUGGAUGCUUCCACACUGCACAAAAGCAGUCAGGGAGUGAUAUGAGCGUAGGCAGGACGUAAUUUAUGAGAGAGUCAUCAAGGCUUUGCCUGUGUGUGAGAGCUGGCCAGCAUUGCUGAUCCCAGGCAUUUCCCUGUAGAUGGUUUUCUUCACCUGCCUGUAAGUGGCUUUAAAGUACAAGAAGGGCUCAGUUUGGGAAAUGAACUCAUUAGUGUGGGAUUGCUGAUUCUGAGUAAUGACAGCAGCUGAUGCCCUCUGAGUGAACAGACUCUGGCAAGAAGCCCCUGGAGAAGGUGAUUAGUCACUUAGAAGUGCUUUGAGGGGUUAUUUACAUGAAGCACCAUAUCUGGGUCUGCUCUUCCUUAUAUGAGGUGGCUUCCUCAUCUGGGAGGCUUUAGACACUGAACAGAGCUGGCCAAGCAAAGUGUGGGGGCAUGGACACCAGGCACUAAUGGGCCACCGAAUGCCAUAUUCCCAGUAGGGUCAGCUGGAGGCACUAUAAUGGAGGGGAAUGUCCCUCUGAUGAUGGGAAGGUGACUCCCUGCCCAAGCCCGAGUUCUCUUUGGGGCUGCAGGACAGAUGCUAUUGUUGAAGGGUGUCCAUCUCUCUUCUCCCCUGUCUGUAGCACUGCAGCCAGACUCAUGGCAUCUUCCUCAUAAAGGCAACCAUAGGUGCUGCCACAGGUGCCAAGGCCAAAAUUCCUUACCACAGUUCCUCUCCCAGAGGUGAACCCUCAUCUGACUGAGGCUCUGCAUGAUGGGAUGGAUGGGAUGGAUCCCUAUCUCAGCCUUGGGGCUGAGGAUGGUGGAAGAGGUGGUCCACAUGCCCAGUGACUGUCUCCUGGGGCUCCAGACACCUGUGGCAGAAACUGUGGAGGCUCAAGGGCUGGUGUCCUAGUUACCCACAGCAGCCAUGUUGCCCUUUGCAGAGGGGGUAUUGCCAUGGCAUGAAUCAGAAAUCUCCUCAUCCUCAUGCUCCGCACCCAAUCCUGUGAAGUAACUUCAAACAACCCUUGUGUAUCUGGAGUGGGGAAAAAAGCCAAAGUCAGGUUGGGGGAUGUUUUAUCACUAGAAGUACUGCUUCUGGAAGACAGAGCAACCUGUUUCAGGGGAGAUGGGGGUGAUAUGGAAAUGGAGCAGAACUGCCAGGAUCCAACUCCACUUCCCUCCCAGUGAUAGCGGCAGCCCAACCCUGUGGAUACACUGCCCACCCCAGAGGAUCUGGGAAUUUUAAAAAGAAACACCCAUACAAAUCCUAUUGGAAAAGCCCCUCUUUCUGCUCAGGUAAGAACCUCUGCUCUCAUUUCUGCUGGAGUUUAAGCCAGGCAUCUGCCUAUAUGGGAUGCCACUGGCACUUGCAGCACACAGAGUGACAAUUGGACCAACACUGUAUUCCUCAACCAGUGAGUGUUCCUUGGAUCUCCUUUCUGUUAUGGCAUAUGUGGUGUCUUCCCUGCAUUGUGUCUGCCUGACUGCCAGCUGUGGUGGGGCGAUCCUCCCCUUCUGCCCAAUCUGCCCAGGAGGGAUUUGUAACCUGCUCUGUGCACUUCUCCGUCCUUAUGUUCAACGCAAAGGGUUGUCCAUCUUGUCUGCAUAGAGA